AUGAUUUUGGCGAGUACCUACGAGGACGGAACGUCCGUCGUGGCCAGGACCCAGCUAGAGAUGAAAAAGGUUUUGUUGCAACCCGUGUCCACACCCGAUUCAAUCGUUAACUCGAUUAUCUCGGUACCUUGUGAUGGAUCGCUUAACCGCCUAUUGGUUACCGUGAACGCCCAGUUUACGCACGUUUUUGUCGCAGAGUACAGUGCAGAACGACCGCUAACUUACGACAUUGUAGCGUCUUCCACUCGACAUAUUUCCGCCGGACCAGCCGCUGACCGGCCGACCCUGGCAACGACUUUUGCUGCAAGUGACUACCGUGCUGACACAGACGCCAAUCACACACCAACCGCCGGUUCAAAAGCGAAGAAACAAGUACGAUUUGGGCUCAAUAUAGCCACUUACCACGAAUUCGAUCCCAAAACCGCCAUUGAUAUAGCGCAAGCCGAAAUCGCUGCCGAAAACCAACAGAGGUUGGUCAACAUUUUAAAACACAUUCUCCUUCACAUACUUCCUCUUGAAGUUGUCAAAACCUACAACAAACCCUCCUCUCCGAAUGACGCCACUGAAAAUCAGCCAUUCAGAAUUUUAAAACAUAUUCUCCACCACAUACCUCCUCCUAAAGUUGUUGACAUUUCUCGAAAACCUUCCUCUCCGAAUGACGCCGCUGAAAACCAGCCAAUCAGAAUUUUAAACCACAUUCUCCAACACACACCUCCUCUUAAAUUCGUUGAUACCUCUCGCAAACCCUCCUCUCCGAAUAACGCCGUAAAAUUCCUGCCAUUCAGAGUUUUAAAACACAUUCUCCACCAUACACCUCCUCCUAAAGUCGUCGAAACCUCCCGCAAACCCAUUUCUCCGAAUGACGCCGCUGAAAACCAGCCAAUCAGAAUUUUAAACCACAUUCUUCAAUACACACCUCCUCUUAAAUUCGUCGAAACCUCCCGCAAAAUCUCCUCUCCGUUUUAA